AUUCGCUCCGAGGUGCUGUCAAUUUUUUUUCUUUCUGAAAAGAAACCCCGGCUUGAAAAAUCGCCCUUCCGAGACUAACACGACAGUCAUGUCUUUUCCGACGAAGGAAGAGCGCCACUUGUGCUGGGGCGCGCGCGACCAGUACUGGGAGUGCCUGGAAAAAAACGGAAUCAAAGACAACGACAACGGGGGUCUGUGCAAAGAACUGAGGAAAGUGUUCGAGAAGUCGUGCUCGGCGCAAUGGGUCAAACACUUCGACAGGAGGAGGAGCUACCUGCAGUACAAGGAGCGGAUCGAGAAACACGGAAUCCCCAACAAAACCCCCGAAGACUUGAAAAUGUCUGCGAAGAGACGGGUUUAUCACGAAAUCGCUUGUUUGUAAAGUGAAAAAUUAGUGACACUAU